CUGCUGGCGCAUGUGCAGCCGAGGCUAAGGCUGCAGACGCCAACAGGGCCCUGCUCCUCCUGGCUGUGUUUAUAGGGUCAAGGUUGGGGGCUGAGCGCUCCGGCUGCCCGGGCACAAUGGAGCAGCUCAGGAAACGGUCGGGGCCAGCGGCUCGGCUGGACACCAUCCUCCGGCACCUCUCCCCGCGGCUGGGAGCAGCCCCUGCUCCUACAAGCGUUCCUACUUCAGCCCAAGUCAGUGCUGUUCCUCAACCAGGGAGGUUUUGCUAUACCCUGGACAACGAUGUCCUCACCACAGAGCAAAGGCAGUUCUAUGAAGACAACAGGUAUCUGCUCUUUAAGAAGCUCGUUUCUGACAAAGACAUUGAGCGCUUCAGGAAGGAGUUCAUGAGGAUCUGUACAAAAGAGGUCAAUCCACCGGGAGCUAUGAUUAUGAAAGACGAGUCCCUGAGAUCCCAGUAUGGUCAGUCUGAAAAAGUAGUUAAUAAAGUGCAGGACUUCCAGGAAGACAAAGAGUUGUUCAGAUACUGUACUCUGCCAGAGGUCCUCAAAUAUGUUGAGUGUUUCACAGGGCCAAAUAUCAUGGCAAUGCACACCAUGCUGAUAAAUAAACUUCCAGAUUCUGAUAAACAGACUUUCCUCCACCCCAUGCAUCAGGACUUGCACUAUUUCCCCUUCCGGCCUGCGGACCGCAUUGUGUGCUCCUGGACCGCCAUGGAGAGGGCUGACCAGGACAACGGCUGCCUGGUCGUGCAGCCAGGGACGCACAAGGAGCCCCUGAAGCCUCACGGCUAUCCAAAGUCGGAGGGUAAAGCCAACAAACUUUUCCAUGGGCUGCUGGAUUAUGAUGAGAAGAGUCCCAGGGUUCACCUUGUCAUGGAGAAGGGAGACACGGUGUUCUUCCAUCCCCUGCUCAUUCAUGGCUCUGGGAUAAACAAGACACCAGGUUUCCGAAAGAGUAUAAGCUGUCACUUUGCCAGCUCACAGUGCUACUACAUUGAUGUCAAGAACACAGAUCAAGAGCACCUGGAGAAAGAAAUUGUGGAAAUGGUUCGCAAGAAAUACAACGCGACUUCCGUGGAACUCAGGGAUAUUUGGAACUUCCGAGCACGGCUUGUGCAAGGGGAAAGAAUUAACCUGUAGAACAACUUCUGAAGAGCAGGAUGGAAAACACGUGCCUGAGAAUAAGCUUCUCUGAUCAGAGAGCGCAGACUCUGCCUCAGCAGGCAGAAUUAUGUGUGCUUUGUUGACCACUGUAUUGGUAACUUAGCCAAAUGCUGCAUCGCAAAAUCAUUUUAUGCUAAUACAAAAUAAUUGCACUGAGGUUGAACAGCUGAUGUACAUCAAGGAAAACCUAACCUAGAAAAACAGAGAUUUGUUGUGGUUAUCUUAGACAAUUGAAGAAUUAAGUUCUUGAAAGAACACCUUGAUUUUCUUGAUGUUUUCAUUCUUGUUUUUUAAAAGUUUCUCACAUGGCACAUCUUUGGAAUGAUGCUAUACUAGUAUAAGAUAUUAUGCAAGAAUUUA